AUGUCAAUAAUAAUUUCCAUCGAAAAUUUAUCUAAUGAAUUAUUGUAUAAAAUUUUUGAUUAUCUUGAUGUUAAUGAAUUAUUUGAAGCUUUUUCAAAUCUUAAUUAUCGUUUUGAACAACUUCUGAAUUCACCUUUACUUUUAUUUAAAAUGAAAUUUCAUUUAACAUCAUAUUUAUUAUAUACAAAUUUUUACGAACAAAUGAAACUUAUUAAUAAAUAUCAAAUAUAUUCAUUAUAUGUGUAUUUACCAUUAAGAAAUAAUCUUUUUUUUUCAUCGUUAUGUAUUAAUUCAUCAUUUACUAAUUUAAAAUUUCUUACUCUUAAUGAAGUUCAACCAGAUGUAUUAUUAGUAGUUCUUUCUACUUUAUCAAAUAUACCACGUCUUUCUUCAUUAACUAUUAAUAAUUUUAAUAUUUUGAAAUAUUCUACUGAUAUAUAUCGAAUUGUUUUUAAUUUACCAUUAUUAAAAUAUUUUAAAUUUUCAACAAGCAAUUCUGAUUUACUUAUUUCAUUACCCACUCGUACUGAUGAACAAUAUAGUUCUAUUAAAUAUCUAGUGAUUGAUCAUCAUUGUACUUUAGAUGAAAUUGGUCUUUUAACUUCUUAUACUCCACAACUUGAUCGUUUAUAUGUUAAUAAAGUCGCAAAAAAUUUGCAUAACUUUUCUGGAAUAAAUUUGUAUCAUUUAAACUCAAUUUAUUUGAAUAUAUAUAAUAUAACAUUUAAUGAAUUAGAAAUAUUUUUAAUAAAAAUAUAUUCAAAUUUAAAAACUUUAUCAAUGAAAUGUUCAAAUGAUACAAUGUUCCUUAAUACCCAUCGAUGGGAAUUAUUAAUUAUGAAUUACUAUCCUGAAUUAGAAAAAUUUUAUCUAAAAUAUUGUGAUCGUAUUAGUAAUGAUGGAUUUUAUAAAGAAAAAAUUGAUCUUUCAUCUUCAUUUUGGAUUAAAAAAAAAUGGAUAUUUGGUAUUGAAUUUUCAUUUGGAAAUAUUAAAAUGAAAUAUAAUAAUCAUCAUCCUAAUUCAUUAUGUCUUAAUAUUCCAACAACAGAUGAUAAAAUACUUGAAAAUAUUAAAGAAACAAUUAAAUAUGAAAAUCUACCUCCUCCUUUUAUAAUUAAACGUAUAUUAGAUAAUGUUUAUUUAAAAUGGAAAUGA